AGCAGCAGCCAGCAGUCUGUCGUCUCGUCGCGUUCUCGUCGUCAAAAACCUUAAAAUUUUCAGCCAUCAUUCAGACCAGAGAGACUUGCAGCCAAGCAACGCGCUCCACAUUCCCGUGUGCGGUGCGUGCAACACACAGAAUCCGCGGAUUUCGCCGUCGUUCCCGUUCGGAAAAACGGGUUGUGGACACGCGUCAUUUCGGAGGUGCCUCGCGCGAGUGUCGAUUUUCGGUUCGUUUCGUUCGGGGGCGGAAGCCAAAAACUGCGAAAUUGCGACGCGAUCUGGGCGAGAGAAAAAAAGUGAGCAGGAAAAUUGAAGUUUAAGGGUUUUCGUGGCUUUCGGUGGGGGUUUGCGGGCUGCGGAACGGGACUCCGAGGAUUACACGCCAAGAUUUCGCAGGAAAACACGGAAAACUCGCCGUCGUGAUGUUCGCCUUGGAGUAGAAAGGAAAGGUUCCAAGUGUGAAAAGUGCAACAGAACGAGAAAGCGCUCGGUGAAGCAAAUUCAAAGUGUGAAAAGUUUUCUAAUCGCAAAAAGAGUUCAAAAUCCAGUCCAAAAUGCGUUCCACUGAGGCAGGCUGCCGUAGCUGAAAGUGCGGAAUUUCCGUCAAAACCCACCAAAUCUCCAACCUUCGCUGAAGGCCAACUUGCUUGUGACGUGACGCGCGACUAUUUUCGUCAUCACCUCGUCGCCACUGAUUAGAGUGAGCAAACCAGUUUCGAAUCGAGAAGAAAAAACGGAUCUCAUCGUGCUGAUGACCGUCCCGAGCCAGUGUUGAUUCGGUGCCGUUUCCGCUUCGCGUUUCGGUUCGCGCCGAGAAAUGGCCGAUAAUGGUUCCGUCGUCGUGGCCAUCAAGGAUGAACAGCAGCAGCAGCAGCAGGCGCCGGUCAGUCCGGCAGCAACGGUCAUAACCCACCACGACUCGACGAUCGCAACGCCGAUCACCAGCUCGGGCGUGAUUUCCGCGACGGCGUCCGCCUCGUCAACGCCCACACCGUCGAUCCAGGGCGGAGGCGAUGGUCAACCCGGGUCGGAGGUUCACGAGGACGACGGGGGUUUCGGUGGGUGGUACGGCUUCGAGAACGGCACCAAGAACGCCGGUCAGAUCCAGCUGGAGACGCCCGCGGUUGAGGAGAAAAGCUCCGGGUUGAACGUGGCGGCCAAACCAAAGCGGCUGAGUGACGAGUUUUACUCGGCGGACGAUGACUACGAGGAAGAAGAGGACGAGGACGAUGAAAUGAUGGGUGGGGGUGUGGGUGCGAGUGUGAGUGGUGACGGUGGUGGUAGUGCGAGUGGGAGUAGCAGUGGCGCGGGGGGACUUGGGAAGACUGCAGCGGCGGAUUGCGAGACCCACGCCGAGUUGAAUGAGAUUAAGAACUUGAGCAUCACCAACGGAAGUGGCGGCGUUGAGAUGAGAGAUGACGAGGAUCGGUUCGCGGAACGGAACGACAAUUCGAUUUCGGAUCCGAUCUACAUCGGUGAGGAGACUUCGUCGUGCAGCAGGGGUGAAGGAUCGUCCGGCGCAGCAGCUUCGGCGGCAGUGGCCGAUAUGGAACACGACCAAGUGCUGCUGGAAGAUGUCGUCGACGAAGUGGCGGAGGAAGACGACGAUGACGACGAGGACGAGCUACAGGAUGUGCAAUCACGGGAUGCAAUCGAACGUCGGGAUUUUGAGCAGGAGCAAAAACUGACUGGCGGAAUAAUUAUUAAAAAUAGCGCGUUUAUACCCGAUACAGAUAGACUGAAUAUAGAAUUACUAAGUAGGAUUAAAAGGAUGCGCAACGACGUGCUGGCCGCGAAGAAGCCCGCCAAGAGCCAGCCGCUCGCGUCGACGCCCACUAGCAGUAGACACCCGUACAAGAGCGGUUAUCCAGCUAAUUCUAGUAGCACCACUAGCAGUAGGGAACAACAACAAAACAGUAACAGUAGUACAACAUCAACAACAACAAAGUCAGCGGUCAAAGUGAACCUGUCAGCUAGUCUGGAAGAUGCCACGGUCGCCGCCGUUGACGGCCCAUCCUGCUCCUCCUCAUCUUCCUCAUCGUCGGCGUCCGGCAGUGGCAAAUCUGCCCGGCGUCAGCAGCAAAUCGAAGCAUUUCUAAACGGAAACUCCAACGACAGUCUCUCCUCUGAUCGGUCAAUCUUCAUCCCCAACCUGCAAGCGCUGAAGGCAUCCGUCAAGGAUGUCGCGACUGCCCCCAACAGCAGCAGCAGCACGACAGCGGUCAACGAGCCUUCGUCCUCAUCCUCCUCCCCCUCACCUUCCUCAUCUGCGAGUUCCGCAGGACCUUCGUCCACGGCCGGAACCGCAACGAAACCCCCCUCCGACUGCAGCCUUUCUUCGUGUGCAACCUCCGUCAUCAAGCAGACCGGCGAGUGCAGUAAAAACAUCAACCACCACGCGAUCCCUUCAACCAGCACCAGCAAUUCAUCCCUCUUCUCGUUCAGCUGCCCAUUCGGUAGCGCCGAUCGCGAAACCGGCGAAGGCUGCAGCUCCUCCAACCUCGGCCGAUUCCCCUCCUCAUCCUCAAACUUCACCGACACGAUCGCCGACGAAGUCGUCGAACCUGCCGCGAACUCCACCCACCGCAACAACGCCUCCUCCAACGCCAACCCCGAACACGUCGAAGACCCCCUGCUCGAACCGUCCCAACUGUCGAUGCCUCCGGAACUAGUCGCCGCAUCCGUCGACCACGAGUGCGACGAAGACAACUGGGCCGACUGCGAGGAGGGCUCCGACGAGGAGGUCUGCACCUGCCGGGACUACACCGACGACGAAGGUGACGAUCUGCGCGGGGACCACCCAAGCAGCGAAGACGAACUGCCCUCCCGGGACGUGGACCUGUCCAGCUACACCCACAUGGACGCGGCCGAGGACAUCCUGGCGCACGAUCCGUCGGGAUCCACCACCGGCAACGCCACGGCCAACGCCAAACAUCAGGACGCACAAACUCCAAGACUGCACCGGAAGCGCAAGCUCACCGAGAACCGAAUCAACCUGUUUGGUAGCGGUGGCGGCGGCGCCGGAAGCUCGAGCCGCUGCUCGACCGGAUCGAUGGCCGAUGGAGGCGGCGGCGUGUGUGGUGGUGGUGGCGCCAACGGCGGCGGAAACAGCCUGGGCACACUCAGCGACAGCCCCAGCACGGAAUCGCUCAACUUUAGUAGUCGUAAACGGUUAGCUUUAGAUAGUACCAGCUCGCCGCGAGCGUCCUUACUCAGUCCGUCUAAUCUUACGUCAACGCCAACAUCCUCAUCGCUGGGAGAGCGGAAAACUCCCAGAAGCAUAAUCCCAACCAAAGAUAAUCCUCCUCCGGAACUGAACGAUUGGCUGAUGCAAUUCCAGCGCUGGACCCCCGUCGAACGGCUGGUGGCGGUCGACCUUCUGAUCGAGCACUGCGAACCCACCCAGGUGCGGCACAUGAUGAAGGUGAUCGAGCCGCAGUUCCAGCGGGACUUUAUCUCGUUACUGCCGAAGGAGCUUGCCCUGCAAGUACUGUCCUUCCUCGAGCCCAAGGACCUGCUCCGAGCUGCCCAAACGUGCCGCAGCUGGCGCUUCCUCGCCGACGACAACCUCCUCUGGAAGGAAAAGUGCAAGGUCGCGAACAUACUGAUGGAGGCGCUGGGCGUGGACCGACCGAAGCGGGGUCGCGCCGGCAACAUGCCCCCCAUUUCGUCCCCGUGGAAGGCGGCCUACAUGCGGCAGCACAUCAUCGAGAUGAACUGGCGCUCGCGGCCGAUCCGCACCGCCAAGGUGCUCAAGGGCCACGACGACCACGUCAUCACGUGCCUUCAGUUCUGCGGCAACCGGAUCGUGUCCGGGUCCGACGACAACACGCUCAAAGUGUGGUCCGCCAUCACCGGAAAGUGCCUUCGAACGCUGGUUGGCCACACGGGCGGCGUCUGGUCGUCGCAAAUGUCCGGCAACGUGAUCAUCUCGGGCAGUACCGAUCGUACGCUCAAGGUGUGGAACGCCGACACCGGCCAGCUGCUGCACACGCUGUACGGGCACACCUCGACGGUGCGCUGUAUGCAUUUACACGGCAACAAAGUCGUCAGCGGUUCCCGGGACGCGACGCUGCGCGUCUGGGACGUCAACGAGGGCACCUGUCUGCACGUGCUCGUCGGCCACCUGGCGGCGGUGCGCUGCGUCCAGUACGACGGCCGGCUGGUGGUGUCCGGCGCGUACGACUACAUGGUCAAGGUGUGGAACCCCGAGCGGCAGGAGUGUCUGCACACGCUGCAGGGCCACACCAACCGGGUCUACUCGCUGCAGUUUGACGGAAUCCACGUCGUGUCGGGUUCGCUGGACACGUCGAUUCGCGUGUGGGACGCGGAGACGGGCAGCUGCAAGCACGCCCUCAUGGGUCACCAAAGUCUGACCUCGGGCAUGGAGCUGCGCCAGAACAUUCUGGUGUCCGGCAAUGCGGACUCCACCGUCAAGGUGUGGGACAUCAUCACCGGCCAGUGCCUGCAGACGCUUUCGGGUCCCAACAAGCACCAGUCGGCGGUCACGUGUCUGCAGUUCAACUCACGCUUCGUAAUCACCAGCUCGGACGACGGCACCGUCAAGCUGUGGGACGUCAAGACUGGCGAGUUCAUCCGCAAUCUGGUCGCGCUGGAAUCGGGUGGCUCCGGCGGUGUCGUGUGGCGAAUUCGGGCCAACGACACAAAACUCAUCUGCGCCGUUGGAUCGCGCAACGGCACGGAGGAAACCAAACUGAUGGUACUCGAUUUCGACGUGGAAGGUGCCUGCUUGAAAUGCUCAUAAGUUUGAUAAGUAUACUAUUACCUACCGCUACUACUACUACUAAACACUAAAUACUAACUGCUCUAAAAAUUAAAACACGAAAUCCGCCUUCGACUCCCCUCCUUCCCCCCGGAAAUUUGAAACUUUUGCCCCCGAAAAAAAAACAAACAAAUACGUCGAUUCUAAAGAGAGCGCGGAGGACGAGAAAGGAACGGAACAAAAUAAAAACUAGUUAUAAUUAUUGCAAACAAAAACAAACACACACAAAAAAGAAGGUAACGGAAUGUAAUCGUAGUGAUAAAGAAACAAACAAACAAAAAAAAAAGCCGAAAAAAAAGAUUGAAUAAGAAAGUUUUGCAGAACAAAUAAUAUAAACCGUUACAAAAAAAUGCACACAACCGACAAACAAACGCGAAACGAUCAAUCGAAACCGGAGAGGAUAUUGGACGCAGUUUUGGUUGCGAUCGCCGUCCUGCCGUACUCAGAAGCGGAGAGGAGUGCUCACUUUUUUUCUUCCUCGUUGAAUCUUCUUGUUUUCUUGUUGGGUUGGUUGAAAUGAUUGUUUUGUUUUCCUCCAAUUUGUUUCUUUUAUAUAUAUUUCUAUAUUUUUGUGCUCUUUUCGCCUCUUGGAGAAUGUUGUUUCUUUCGUAAAUAGUUUUAAAAGCAAACUGUUUAACCUUCUCCCACCUGCCUUGUUUCGCUACGAUUGUUGGUCACUCAGGACGAGACCGUCCGCCGAAAUAUCCUCUCUGCGUUGUUUCGAUUCGAAUCGUUUGGGCUGUUGGCGCGAGACGUAAAGUAAUGAAAACAAAACAAACAAUGCUUUAAUCGAUUAAUAAACCAGCUUACGCUCUAGAGUUUAAUUUGCCGUGAACAAGUAAUCCUCAACAUGUGUUUAUUUGUUGGACUGUGUAAGAAAGGAUUAAUUAGGCCGAUUGGAGCAGAACUAGCGAACCGUUUAUCACAAGGAAACGCCCCUCAAACACACAUACACACAAAUAGCUGAGAAUGUAGAGAUCUUACUACGCAAAACAAGAGAAAAUGGCAAUUUUGUUUUUCGUUAGAAAAAUACAAACAAAGUGUACAAUUUAGUUAACGGUCCGAAACGUUCGUGCACACGUGUGUGUAUAGGUUCCAAUUGAUCUUUUGUUUUAUUUAAGUUUUUGUACCGUUUGAAAGAACUUUAAUUCUCACUAGCAAAAUUAUUAUUUUUAGGUUGUAUUUGAUUAUUGCUAAAACGAAACAUGCUUUGGAAGUUUCCCUCUUUAUUUCCGUUGUUGAUAUUAGAUUUUCCAACCUUUUUUUCGCCACACAAAAAAAAACAUUAAACCGCAGUCUCAGAAAGGAAGAAAAUUAAACCGCUAACCGCUAAACCCCUACGAAACUAUUAGCAAAAAAAAAAAACAAACAAAUGUCGAAGAACAAACACAAAAAAAACAAUAAAACAAAUAACGAAAGAAUAAAAAGGAACAUUUUAGUAUCGCAUUACCAACUAUCGAAGAAAAAAUCA